AACUUCGGUGUACCUGACCUGAACGCAACAUAUGAUUAUGUUAUCGUUGGAGGUGGUACCGCAGGCCUCGCGAUAGCAGGCAGGCUAGCCGAAGAUCCAUCCAAGACGAUUGCCGUUGUCGAGGCUGGAAGCUUUUACGAAAUCACCAACGGAAACCUCAGCCAAAUUCCAGGAGACGACAUCUAUUUCGCUGGGAAAAGCCCGCAAGACUACAACCAUCUGGUGGACUGGGGCUUUGUGACAACUCCACAAGCAGGAGCGAACGGACAAGUGAUUCAUUAUGCUCGAGACAAGACUUUUGGUGGCUGCUCAGCUAGGAACUUCUUAGGCUACCAACGCGGCACAAGAGCUUCCUACCAAAUGUGGGCAGAUCAAGUCGACGAUCAGAGCUACACAUUUGACAACAUUCUACCCUACUUCAAGAAAUCGUUGCACUUUACGCCACCGAAUCAGAGCCCAGGCUAUCGUGCUGCCAACUCUACUCCGCAGUACGACGAGUCCAGCCUUGGGCAGGGAGGCCCUCUUCAGAUUGGCUUCCCCAACUAUGCUCAAGCCAUCAGCUCAUGGUUUCAGAAAGCUUUAGACAUCAUUGGUGUGCACCCCAUCAACGGCUUGACAUCAGGUGAACUUAUCGGCAGUGCGUACUGUUUGGACACACUCGACCCUGCUACAUCUGAGCGCACUACAUCCUACACCGCUUUCCUGCGUCCAGCUUUGGAGCGUCGCCAACAAAACUUCUACGUCUAUCCAAACACUCUUGCCCACCGCAUCGUGUUCAAUGGGACGAAGGCACAGGGAGUGGUCGUCAGCAGCCAAGGCGGCGAGUACACACUCACCGCCGCUGAAGAGGUUAUCCUCAGCGCGGGUGUAUUCCAAUCACCGCAAUUGCUCAUGCGCUCCGGCGUUGGUCCAUGCCACGAUCUUGAAUCUCUGGGAAUCGAUUGCGUUGUAGAUCUGCCAAGGGUUGGCCAGAACAUGUGGGACCACAUCCUCUUCGGACCAUCCUAUCAAGUCAACGUGGACACCGCAAGCAUCGUUGCUCGGCCAGGCUACAUCUUCAAGGCGAACGAACAGUAUACUGCAAACGGAACCGGCAUCCUAUCCAGCCCUGGCGCCGACUUCCUCGCAUGGGAGAAGGUCCCCACCUUUCUGCGCCAGAACGUCUCCCAGCAAGCCAUUGCUGACCUCGCCACCUUUCCUGACGACUGGCCAGAGCUCGAGUAUAUCAGCGUGGGGGCGUACUUUGGCGAUUCCCAAAACUUUGUUACCGGGGGUCCAAAAGACCAAGCGCUGGGCAAGAACUAUGCUACGCUGGCCAUGGGCCUCGUCGCACCUUUAUCUCGUGGUAACGUCUCGAUCAACUCAUCCGAUCCCGCCAGCCCGCCACUGAUUAAUCCGAAUUGGUUCACCCAUCCGACAGAUCAAGAGGUUGGUAUCGCAGCGUACAAGCGAGCUCGAGCUGCUUUCACAGCAGAGCCAAUGAUCCAAAACAACAUCACGAUCGGACAAGAGUACUUUCCAGGCACGAACGUCAGCUCCGACGCCGACAUUCUGGAACAGAUCAAGAACACCUUUACUCUGCUAUAUCACGCUGCUGGUACAUGCAAAAUGGGCACAGUCGACGAUUCCAUGGCCGUCGUUGAUAGUCAAGCCCGGGUCUACGGUCUGCAGAACCUUCGAGUUGUGGAUAGUAGCGCUUUUCCAUUUCUACCACCUGGCCAUCCUCAAGCUACAGUUUACAUGCUUGCAGAGAAGAUCGCAGAUGACAUUCACCAGCAACGUGGUUGUGUCUAG